AUCUGGAAUUGCCACUCAGCGCUGGGGACAGUGAGGGACUGAGACACUGGGAACGACUCAUUAAGACUGGCACCAUGUCGCAAUCUAAGGUAAAAAAAUCUUUGAGGAAGGUGACUGAUGCUCCGAGUGCCGCAGGAGUCUACACAGAUUCACUUGGGUUUGCUGCUAUGGAUUACAAUGUCCCAGGCCUGUCCAAAGUUAUCCUUUCAAAACUGAAUAUGGAAAGUUAUGAUGAUUACAGAGCUGCGUUGGAGGGAAGGAAAUGUGCAUCGGAGUUUGGAAUCCGUACUUACCGGGAGAUGUUUCAGAAGAUGGAGGACACAUUUAAAUUCUGCGCAGAGUGCAAGAAGCUUCCGGAAGCGCUGGCAGAUCCCAGGGCUCUGCGACGCUGCAAAAGAUGUCAGAAUGUUUAUUACUGCGGGACAGACUGUCAACGAGCAAGCUGGCCAGUCCACAAGAAGUUAUGCAAGAAAUUAAAGUGGGCGGCGAUUGAUCGACUGAUUGAGUGGCUCGUGUUCACAGGUGACAUUCCUUUUCCAAGUCUAAACUGGACGCAAGCUGUGUCGGAGGUGAAUGGUUGGGAUGCGUGGUUCUUAAUGCAAGAAGACCUGGAUAGCAAACUAAGCACCAUUCUGAAUUGUAAGCACAUGAAGAUAUUGUGGGAAAAUGCUGGGAAGCCACAGCCUGAAGACGAGGACCUACUAGCAUCCAUCAAACGGGUGACCACUGACUUUCUGGCAAGGCCAGUUACGAUUGGAUUCGCCCUGCACCGUUUUGGCAUUGACCCCUGUGAGAGGCCCAUCACCAUUCACAUUGUUGGUGCCUCUCACACAGAGACCCUUAACGCCAGGCGUACGGAUUAUGAUGAGCUGACUCGUAUGUUUCCACACAACGAUGGCAUCGAGGUGGUCAUGAUUGGGCCUGAGGUUGUGGCAGGGCCAACUCUCUGGCCUCCCUUGGAGACCUACGCAGGCAGGAAGCGGGUGUAUCUGAGCGGCUGGAAGGGGCUGUACCACGUGUACUGGGAGACAAUGGUGGAGCCAGGACGUGCUGCCCGGCCUAGUCUGGUGGUAGGAUUUCAUCCAGGGUUUCAUGUUUCACAGGGUUUAGCUGAGGGAUGGCUCCCGACUCUUCUACUACUGAGGGACUACAAUAUCCCAUCUCUCUUUACAGUGUACAGCGACCAGGAAUUGAAGUAUUCCCUUGCGAUCCUUCAGGAGCUGGAAACCCGAAUCAUUGGUUACGGGCCGAAUCCUUUUGCCUCCCUGAAACUAGAGCAGGUGCAGUCCGAUCCCAACAAGCAGUUGGUCCACAGCAACUCCAGCUUCCUGAUGUUCCAUGGAGUUACUGAGUCCCAGGAUGCAAUGGGUGAGGAGGACCUGGGUCAAGAGAACCCCCUUCCCACCCAGUCGGAGUGA